AUUUUGACGUUUCCACUUAAAUUCGCUUCAGCGUUUGUAAACAAAUAAUACCGAUUUUUGCGAAAAAAAUAUUAUUAUUAAAAUUCGAUUCCAUGUAAAACAUAUUAGUAAUGAUAACAUUAACGAAAUUUAACGCAAAGGAAAGGUGUCGCACCUGUUUGUGUAAACUCCUUAAAGAUGAAAGUAAUUCAUGCGAUUUUGACAAUGUAGUGACAUCGUUUCCAAACAAGUUUGUCGACAUCAAUGUAAAUAAGAAUUUACAAGAGAUGUUGGAAAAGUAUGUGUCCUUGGGGUGUGGAAUGGAUUUGUGCAAUGAACAGUCGUACCCGCAAUAUGUAUGCAUAGAGUGCUUGAAGCACUUACAAACGUUUGAUACGUUUCGAAAUAAGGCGUUGGAUAGUGCUAAAAAACUAUACAAAGUAUUCAGUGACAAUUGCAGUGUUGCCAAAAUAGAGCUGAACGAUGAGGGACUCGAAUUUAAAGACAAUAAAACGGACCAAUUAAGUGUUAGCGUCAAAGAUGACAUUUUCAAUUUAUUUCUGAAAGAUUCCUUGAUGGAGACCGAAGCAAUUAUUCUAGGUAGCACCGAUAACAAUAACGAUUUUAAUAGUAUGGAUCCUGAUCCAUUUCAAAACACACAAAAACAAGAUAAUUUAAGAAAACCCAGAGCACGGAGGGCUAAAGGGAAAAUUGAUUCCCUUCCCAAUAGUAAACCAAGCCGUAAAUGUAAAAAAUCUAUUGGCACAGAAGAAAGUGAAUCGAUAAACUUAAAUUUGGAAGGAGUAACAACAGACUUACAGCAAAAAAAUAGAACGGAAAUAUGUCCAACGGAAAUGUUGGAUAACGACUGGCAAGAUUGUACGUUUCAUGAUGCAGAUGAUGAUUCGUCCGAUAAUGAAGUGUUAAGUAAUAAAAUUCUUCUUUCCGAAAGAGCAGCCAAGGAAAGGAAACAGAAGCUAAAAAAAUGUAAUAUAAAACUAAAUGAAGAGAAUACAUUUUCGAACCAUGAAUUACGAUUUGAGUCGCAGGAGGCUGAAGAAAAUACUAAAGGGAAGUUAAAAGAAAAUAAAUCCAACAGUUCAAUAUAUAUAAAGAGCGUUGAGUUAGAAAAGCAACCUUCAGAAUCUAUAAAAACUGAACUGAACUCUGGUUGUGAAUCAUCAAGCGACAAUGAGUUCAAUAUAAAUACACUCCCAAAUACAACCAAGACGGAAAAGAAAAAAAGACACUAUAUUUUAAAUAGUGGUCGCAAGAAAGGUCUGGCUAAUAGGUACAAGUGUGAUCAAUGUCAGCAUAAGUUUGGACAUAAACUUACCCUUGAGGCUCAUAUCCGUAAAGUACAUGAAGGACAAAAAAAGGCGUUUAAAUGUCAACUUUGCGAUAAGGCAUAUUCGUUUGUAGGAGGGUUGUCAACUCAUAUUAGAGACGUACACGAAAGGAAGCAGGAUUCGUACGAUUGCAGUAUUCCGGGAUGUGAUAAAAAGUAUAGCAACUUUAUUACGUUGCAACGUCAUGUGCGUUUUAAGCAUCUCAAUAUGGAAACAACUCAUCAAUACGUGUGUGAACAAUGUGGAGCCACAUUUAAACAGAGUUCAAAUUUACGUUAUCAUAUGAAAACUCGACAUCCGACAGAAGAGGACUUGAAGCGGAAAGAACUGUUGCCCAAAGAUCGAUUAGAAUGCGAGGAAUGUAAAAAAUCUUUUCAUUCUCAAUAUACCCUUAAAUACCACAAAUUACGGGUACAUGCUGACGAGAAAAAAUUCGAAUGCAAAAUUUGCGGCCGUCGAGUUGCAAAACAGUUUAUGUUAGACUCACACAUGUUGGUGCACUCCGACCAGAAACUGGCGUGCAAAUUCUGCGGUCGGGAGUUCGUUCGAAAAUAUCAGGUGGAAGCUCAUAUUAGAGCAGUUCAUCAAAAACUGAAACCUUUCCAGUGCCCCCAUUGCAGUGAAAGCUUUGCUUCACGUAAAACUUUACGCCAUCACAUAUAUAUACACACUGGCGAAAAACCAUACGUAUGCGAUAUUUGCGGGCAGGCAUAUCGUCAACCAACUUGUUUAAAAAAUCAUCGUAAAAUUCAUAACAAACUUACUGCAAGUGAUGCGGCUACUGCUAUAGCCGCUAAUCGCAAUUUUAUAAAUAAUUUUGUACAAAACAAUAAUGAUGCGCUGCUAAAUGGGGAGCAGAAUUUAGAUCUAAAUUAAUUUAUUUAAUGUAAAACAUAAUAAAUAUUAAGUCAAACUUUUAUUUUGAGUGCUAAUUAAAAUUAGAGGUGCAAGUAAUCAGUUAGUAAUUUGCGAUAGUAAUAUACCAUCAAAGUAAUGUAAUAUUACCCUUUCUUAAUUUAUAAAGAACUUUCUUUGUUCAUGUCAUUCACUGUUAUUUUAAUUCAUGAAUAACACAUAUGACUGAAGUUGUUUUUUCAACUAACAAAAAUAUCCUUAGCUUCUGAUUAAAUAUAUAACACGAUUUAUAAAAAAAAUGAAAAAAGUUUUUCACAAACAUCAACAGCGAUACCAUGGUAUUUUAAUAUACUUAUACAAUCCAAUAGAAUAUCUAGUCAGUAGUUACUUGCAAAUGUAUUUUAUUUUAUCAAACCUACAUAGGUAUAUGCAGACACAUUUGUGUUAAAAUCUUGUUUUCCGCAAAAAAAAUAUUUGUGGUAUAAGCGUACAUAUAUAUAUUUUCGUUUUAAGUCGUUAUUUACAGCAAAUUUGGAAUCAUAGACCCAUGCAUAUGUUAAUUUCCGUUACGUUUUUUUGGCCUGUUUCAUUUCCUGCUCAAUAUAUGAAUCUAAAUCUUGAAGGGGUUUGUAGUACAUAUGGACCAAUUGAGAUCCGGCCAUCAUUGAUAGUAAAGCACACGACAUAAAUUUAAGGUAUUGACCCCACGACACACCAGCAGGCAUCCUGAUAAAGAAAGCAGUGUAAAUUUAAGAAAUUUGAGUAGUGUCCGUUGUAAUGCUAUGGUGCAGUUUCUCUUCAACGUAGUUUUUUGCUUGACGUUUUUUAAAAGUACGAU